UGCUCCUGGGCUACUGUGAGAAGUUUCAGACUUGCAUGCGGGAGGCGUGGACGGGAAGGAUCCACCAUGCAAGUCUCUAGCCUCAAUGAAGUGAAGAUUUACAGCCUGAGCUGCGGCAAAUCUCUUCCUGAGUGGCUUUCUGACAGAAAGAAGAGAGCAUUGCAAAAGAAAGAUGUUGAUAUUAGGAGGAGAAUUGAACUUAUUCAGGAUUUUGAAAUGCCCACAGUUAGCACCACUAUCAAAGUGUCAAAAGAUGGGCAGUAUAUUUUAGCAACUGGUACUUAUAAGCCACGAGUUCGAUGCUAUGACACUUAUCAGUUAUCCUUGAAAUUUGAAAGGUGCUUAGAUUCAGAUGUUGUGACAUUUGACAUAUUAUCUGAUGAUUAUUCAAAGAUUGUCUUCCUACACAAUGAUAGAUAUAUUGAAUUUCAUUCACAACAAGGUUUUUAUUACAAAACCAGAAUACCCAAGUUUGGGAGGGAUUUUUCUUAUCACUAUCCAUCCUGUGAUUUGUACUUCGUUGGUGCAAGCUCUGAAGUAUACCGGUUAAAUUUAGAACAAGGACGGUACCUGAAUCCUCUCCAAACGGAUGCUGCAGAGAACAAUGUAUGUGACAUAAAUUCUAUGCAUGGUUUGUUUGCCACAGGCACAAUAGAGGGUAGAGUUGAAUGCUGGGACCCUAGAACCCGAAAUCGGGUUGGCCUUUUAGAUUGUGCUUUAAGCAGUGUUACAGCUGAUACAGAGAUAGAUAGUUUACCUACAAUCUCAGCCCUGAAAUUUAAUGGCGCUUUGAACAUGGCAGUUGGAACAUCUACAGGACAGGUUUUGUUGUAUGAUCUUCGUUCCAGCAACCCAUUAUUGGUUAAAGAUCACCAGUAUGGUCUAGCUAUUAAAUCAAUCCAGUUCCAGAAUUCAUUAGAUUUAAUUUUAUCUGCAGACUCUCGAAUCAUCAAAAUGUGGAACAAAGACACAGGGAAAAUAUUUACUUCCUUGGAACCUGAACAUGAUAUUAAUGACGUCUGUCUUUAUCCAGAUUCAGGAAUGCUUCUGACAGCCAACGAAACCCCUAAAAUGGGCAUCUAUUAUAUACCUGUUUUGGGUCCUGCUCCUAGAUGGUGUUCAUUCUUAGACAACUUGACUGAAGAAUUAGAAGAGAAUCCAGAAAGCACAGUUUAUGAUGAUUACAAAUUUGUCACCAGGAAAGAUCUUGAUAAUCUAGGUCUUACACACCUCAUUGGAUCACCUUUACUCCGGGCAUAUAUGCAUGGUUUUUUCAUGGAUAUAAGACUUUAUCAUAAGGUGAAAUUGAUGGUAAAUCCAUUUGCUUAUGAAGAAUACAGGAAAGAUAGAAUUAGACAGAAGAUAGAAGAAACUCGUGCACAAAGAGUCAAAUUAAAGAAACUGCCCAAAGUUAACAAAGAACUGGCUCUCAAGUUAAUUGAAGAAGAGGAAGAAAAGCAGCGGUCUGUUUGGAAAAAGAAACUUAAGAAAUUGCCAAACAUUCUCAGUGAUGAUCGAUUCAAAGUUAUGUUUGAGAACCCUGAUUUCCAGGUGGACGAACAGAGUGAAGAAUUUAGGCUUCUGAAUCCACUUGUUUCGAAACUAAGUGAAAAAAGAAAAAAGAAACUAAAACUCUUAGAGCAACAGGAAUUCCUUGAACAAGAAGAGGAGGAAGAACCGGAAGGAAAACCAAGUGAUGCAGAAAGUUCUGAGACUUCAGAUGAUGAAAAAGACUGGGUUGAAGAGGUCAGGAAACAGCGCAAACUUCUCCGCCAAGAGGAAAAACUGAGGUGGCAGGAAAGGUUUAAGGAGGAUCAGCAAACAGUGCUGAAGCCCCAGUUUUUUGAGAUCAAAGCAGGGGAGGAAUUCAGAAGCUUCAAGGAUUCUGCAAAAAAGCAGAAGCUAAUGAAAAAACCCCUUGAAGAUCGUUUGCAGCUUGAAGCAAAACUUGGGACUCUGAAUGUAUCAGAUACCACUGUUGGCAGCAAGCAGUUGACAUUCACGUUAAAGAGGUCUGAGCAACAGAAAAAGCAACAAGAAGCUGAGAAGCAGCAUCGACAAGAGAGAAAAAGACUUCGCCGUUCAGCUGGACACCUUAAGACUAAACACAGAAGAGGACGUCCAUUUCAUUGAUUGUGGAAUUCCUGUCCCCAAACUGCUGAUUGUGAACUAUUCCUUAAUGUGCACAAUGGAGUGGGAGGGGAGAAAUGGAAUGAAAUUUUACUAUUACUACAGGAUAUUAGACAAAAGAAAAUGGAUUUUUUAAACCCUGUUUGAAUUAUUGAGACUUUUGUAGCUAUAAAGAUUUAACAAUUCAUUUUCUACCAAAGUCUGAGAUUUGGACUUAUAUGAAUCUGUAUAUAUUAAGUAGUUAUUAUAUAAUUUGGAGGGUAUUGUUUAUAGAAGUUGUUAUUCACAAAGAAACAUUAUUUCUUUACUAGAGUUUUAAUCAAGUAAACUGAUGCAACUUUUUUUUUUUUAAGUCUCUUGAAAUGUGUACCAUCAAAAACUAAAUUUACCUGAAGUGUUUUUUCUGUGCCAAGAUUUGAGUUCAGGAUUUAAUUUUUUUCAUUCUGUGUAACAUGACUUUUUGAUACAUUUGUGAUUACGUUUAUUUAAAUCUAGGAGAGAUAGAGAAGAAUGGAGUGGUUUUAUUAUUACUGUUUUGUUGAGACCCCUCAGAAUUGAGAGGAAAAUAUAAUAUCAAGGAAUAUAUUAUAUGAGAGAGAGCAUAUGAUCUAGAAAUAAGUCAUUAUUUUUCUAACUUGAACAUGGAAGUUUCACUAAUCUUUGGACCUUAAAGGUGAACUUUCUGGAAGAAACUGAUUGAGGUGAAUAUUCUUCAUAUAAGAAAUGUGUUCCCUUUCCUCUAUGGCUCUUAGCUUACUAUCUAAAUAUUGCUUUAUUUUCUCAGGUUAUUUUUCCCAUAAACUCAUACUUAACCAUACACAUUUUCUUGAGGGUGAGUAUUUUAUUUUCAUGUUGCUUUAUUAAAGAAAUUAGGAACAUGGGAAGAAAUCAGAGUAGGGUUUGGACUUAAAGUAUAUAGGCCUGGUGAUUACAGCCAGGAAGGGCUAGCUAUAUUUCCACUGAAGAGUGCAGAUAUGUCUCUUAUAAUUCUUUCAUGUUUUCUUUAUGUUAUGCUUCCUUAUGUAACUUUCCUUCUUUUGAGGAAUGAAGUGGUAUAUGGAGGGAACCAGAAAGCCUUAGCAGGGUCAGAAAUUUGGUAAAAGACUUGUUUUAUUUUUUCUAUGAAAAUAGGGUGCUGCCGAGAUAAUAGAGUAGAAGAAUGAAAUGGUUCAGUACAUAUAGGUAGUACUGAGACUCAUUAUAAGCCAUAAGAGUCAAGAGAAAAAAGUCACUCUUCUUUCCUAUGUAACAGACUCAUAAGGGUCAUCUCAAGUUGGCCCUUUGCUCACUGUUUGAAGACUUAAAAAAAAAAAGUUAUGAAAAGUUAAAAAGUCUAAAUUGCAUAGUGUCUUCAUAAACACCCAUUUGGCUUUUGAACUUUUAAUUUAUAAGCUUUAAUAACAGGUUUGUAGAUAUGAUAGAAACCUAUAAAUAUUGCUUAAUGACAUCAAAUUUUCUUCUUAUAGAAGAUGUAUAGAAUUCAGUUCUGCUACUGGACACUUUUUAUCUUUUUUGCCUACCCUACAAUAGCAUAUUUAACUGGUUUAAUGUCCUGCCAGACUUGAUCCUAUUGUCUUUUUGAACCUUCUCCCCUCUUUGAAAUAAUAAUCAGCAAAGAUUUAUUAAGAACUUAACUAUACAUUGAAUUAAGCACGGAAGAUAAAAAGAAAAAGUAGAAAUAAUGCUUUCCCUCAAAGAAAUUGUGUUCUUAAUAGAAAGGGGAAACAGAAUGUACAUAAUAGAUCUGUACAAUAGGUACAAGAUACAUAUUGAGUAGAUAUAGGUUACAUUUAGAAAGGGAAGCACUCAGGUGAGAGGGCAGAGUGCACUUGGGCUGAGUCUUGAACGAAGCUAAGGAUUCUGAAAGGUGGGGAUAAGUAGAGGAAAGGCUUAUAAAAUAAGACCACAUACAUACAAUUCCUAUAGUGGUCUGGUCCCUCUGUUUUCCUGUCUGUGGUAGACUUCUUCAAUAUGAGAUUCAAACACUCUCUUCUCCCAAUUAAAAAAACUCUAAACAUCAUGAACUUAAUUUUAGAUAUACUAGAACCUAUCUUUGGUCCUGAGUAACAAAUAAAAGAAAUACAAUAGAUCAACCUUGGAAGAAAAACUGUCACUUCUAAAUUAGAAUGGUAAAAUAGUUUUGAGGUUUUAGUCCUUCUCUCUUCCAUCCUUCCCUUCCUCCUACCGUGUAGUGUACUUCAGUGGAUAUUAGUGAACUUUUUGAGGAUAAGAGGAUAACUAACUGCACAAAUACUCUUUAUCAUAAUUAUAUAAAUCUGACUCAAGAAUCCAACCAGCAAGCUGGUGGCUUUCUACCAUGUUAUCAGAGGUUCUUAAUGUUCUUGUUAUCAUGGAUCUUCUUUCAAAAUAAUUUUUUUAAAUGCUUAAAGUAUACAGGAUUACAAGAAAACCAAUUAUAUUAAAAUAUAGUUAUGAAAUUAUA